CCAAUCGAGAAACUUGAAAAAACUUGAAAAUAGAACAUCUUUUUGUACCAUUUUGGAGGUCUAGAUUUUCAAUCUUUGCCCCUCAACUCCUCAGAAUUCCUUGGCUCCAAACAAUGAUCCGAUUUAUUUUGUUGCAAAAUAGGCAAGGCAAGACUCGUCUGGCCAAAUACUAUGUUCCCCUCAAGGAUUCCGAGAAUCACAAAGUCGAAUAUGAGGUUCAUCGAUUGGUGGUUAACAGAGACCCCAAAUUUACUAAUUUUGUGGAGUUCCGUACGCACAAGGUUUAUCUGAUACUCGAUGAAUUCAUUCUUGUUGGAGAGCUUCAAGAAACAAGUAAAAAGGUUUGCUCCCCCCUUAGAGACCUUUUAGUUAUUAUUUCAUGUUGA